CGCUGGUUCCUGGAUGCCGUCUCCUGGGCCUUGGGUUCAAAGUUGCCCUGAUGAGUGCACAAGUGUGUGGCUCGUGGGCUGUGAGUGUGGGUCUUUGUUCCGUGCCCCCCACCCCUCCUCCGUCACACGGCUGGAGACCGCCAGGCCAGGGGAUGUGCAUGAGGGAGUCCACGGGGUCUUCUGUCCCCGGAGCCUGUCUUUGGAGGCUGGGGGGGUGGCGCCCCGUGCAGGAGGAGGCCGCAGGACCUCACUGGGCCGCCCGCCCGCGUGGUCCUUCUGCGCCACCUGGCGUCGGAUGUGGGCAGGUCCACUCCCGCAAGCCCCCGUCCUCCGGAGCAGGAGCUGCCCAGCUCACAUUCGCAGGGCUGUGUGGGGCUCUCGCGGCACCCGGCCCUCCCCGCGCUCCUCCGUCGGCCGGGAUCCCCGCACGCACCGCACGCCCCCCGCCGAGCCUGCCUUCCCAGCGAUUUCUGGGGGUGGGUGAGGGAGGGACGCGGCCAGGAUUAGCGCCGACAAUGAGCGGAAGGUCUGGCCGAGCGGAGGCGAAAGCCGUGUCGGGCGGCGGCGGCGGCCGCGACCGCGUGUCGGUGCAGGAAGGACCCUCGGGGGGCCGGGAGGCCGGUGGGAGCGGACCCCGGCGACGAGGGCGGCGUCCGUGCAGGAGGCUGCGGAACCAGGCUGGCCAGUUCGUCUCCGUGGUGACCGUCUUCGAGGCACAGGGAACGCCCUCGGGGGGCCAGGAUGCCAGCGGACCCAGCACCCGCCGGCGAGGGCGGCCGCCGCGGAAGCACCGCAGGAAGAAAGUGGCCAUUGCCACGGAGGUGACCCUCUUUGAGAUGGUCGCCCUGGGGAAGAACUCCGUGCAGCAGACGGCUGUCGAGGAGUGGGUGCGGUCCUACAAGGAGGACCGGGAGCUGGCCUUGCUGGACCUCAUCAGCUUCUUUGUCCAGUGCUGUGGCUGUGAAGGGAUGGUGACGGCCGAGUUGUACCAGAGCAACGAAGGCAAGAACGUGGUGCACAAAAUGACAGAGAAGUUUGACCAGGAGACCGGGCUGUAUUACAAGAAGUUUCUGGCGUACCCCUGGAUCCUGACCAUCAUGUGGCCCGAGAAACUGCAAAGCGACUUUUACCCCAUCGUGGGGCCGGGGCCCUUCUGGAAGAGGUUUCGGGUGAACUUCUGCGAGUUCACGGAGCUGCUGGUGCACCAGACGCACUCCUCGGUGCUGUGUGAUGGUCACCUCAUGGACACGGUGAUCGGCAUGCUCAGUGGCCUCACAAACUCGGCCGUGUACAGCCUGCGGCACACCAGCUCCCUGGCCGCCAUGAAGCUGCUGACGGCGCUGGCCAGCGUGAACCAGGGCAUCUGCACGGGCAGGCGCACGGCCCAGCGGCUGUACGAGAUCGAGAGCAUCACCAAGCUCAAGGGGAGGCACAAGUACUACAUGGAGCUGCUGGACCAGCGCAGGCACCAGUUCCAGAACAAGCCCGUGGCCAUCGACAACAUCAUCUGUGCGCUCUUCAAAAGGACGUUUGUGCCCCGCUACCGUGACAUCAGCUCGGACAUCCGUGUGAUCUGCAUGGGGGAGCUGGGUUGCUGGGUCAGGCUGUACCCAGACCUGUUCCUGGACAACAACUACUUGAAGUACAUCGGCUGGAUGCUGUACGACAAGGACGCGAGCGUGCGGAUGAAGUGCAUCCUGGCCCUGAAGGCGCUCUACGAGAAGAGGGAGUCGGCCAUGAAGCUGGGCCUUUUCUUCUACAAGUUCAAGAAACGGAUCCUGUCGAUGACGCAGGACAGGCAGCCGGAAAUCACAUCCGAGUGCAUGCAGCUGCUGAGGCUCAUAUCCGAGCACUACGUGGGCGUGUUCUCCGCCAUGGAGUACGUCUUCCUCUUCCAGUUUGUGUACGCGGCCUACAGGCCCAUGGCCACCGCCGCGGGCGAACUCAUCUGUAAGAGGCUCCUGGCCCCUCCACCCCACGAAGGUUUCUUUGCUCAAGAGCCCCCGGACGAGUUCGAUAGAAAUCUCCAGAACAUGAAGGCGCUCAUCGACUUCUACCUGCAGGGCGAGUUCCACAGACACGUCCCGUACCUGGUGGACGGCCUGUGGGAGGCAGCGCCCGCCCUGGUCCGGAACUGGGAGUGCAUGACGGCCCUGCUGCUGGAGCCCCGCGGCGGGCGCCAAGCCCUGACAAGCCAGCAGGAAAGAGUGCUCAUUGAGAUCCUCGUGGCCGCUGUGAGACAAGCUGCGGAGGGGCGCCCACCUGCCGGCCGGCGCCUGGGCAAGAAAGCCACCCGGGAGGUGGACGGGACCCGCCGCUGGCGUGAGCACGCCAACAUGAGCCGACACUUGGCCAAGGUGCUGCCCCGGCUGCUCUCCAAGUUUGCAGCGGACAAAGAGAAGGUGACCCCCCUCCUGCAGAUCCCACAGUAUUGCAACCUGGACGUGUACGACACGGACGGCCUGGGCUCGUACCUGGACGCGGCGCUGCUGGAGCUGGACUGCCUGGUGCAGCGGCACUCGGACGUGGCGGUGCUGGAGGCCUGCGCCCGCGCCUACGGCACGUACUGCGAUGAGGGGCGCUCCGCGCACGGCCAGGCCGCCCCCGCCUGCAGCCGGCUGGUGGACAUGCUGGUGGACGCGCUCACCCCGCUGCUGGACGUGUUCAUCCAACACGAGAAGCAGGGCCUGUUCCUUGGACACGGUGAGAUGGGGCGGAUCUGCUCCACGCUGCGGAGACUGGCUGCCUUCUACAGUGCACACGACCUGAGCAGCUGGAAUCUGUAUGAGAAGAUGGACAGCCUGCUGACGUUCCGCCGGCACCAGGGCAGCCUGCCCACUGAGGUUGUGCACUGUGCCCUGCAGUGCACCUACUAUGCGCUCCUGUGGCAGAUCGUCGCCGCCACCGACCGGCUGCCGCCCCAGGAGGCGCUCCUGGACUUGAGGAAGAGGCUGCUGAGGUUCUGCCUGGUGUGCCGCGUGUACCUGAACCACCAGAGCAAGGUGCUGAGCGAGAAGGCCUUCAUCCUGCUGUGUGACCUGCUCCUCAUCCUCAGCCACCAGGGCCCUGAGGAGGACACGGGCCUGGGGCUGCUGUUCUUCGUCCCCGACCACGUCCUGCAGUGCAAGCUCCUCACCUUCGUCAAGGAGCACGUGUUCCUGGAGGAGGCCGGAGCUGCAGGGCCCGGCAGAGUUUACAAAGAGGAGGACGCGGACGAGCUGCACGAGCUGUUCCACCGGAGAAACAUGCUGGCCGUGUUCUGUAAGCUCGUCGUCUGCAACGUGCUGGAGAUGAGCGCGGCCGCCGACAUCUACCAGUUCUACCUGAAGCACUACCAUCACUUCGGGGACAUCAUCAAGGAGACCAUGACCCGGACGAGGCAGAACGACAGACUUCGCAACGCGCUGUCCCUGCUCCUGUGUCUGCAGCAGCUAUUCCAGAAGCACGUGGACACGUAUGGCAUGGGCUACGACCCCAUCGAGUUCAUCUGCGGCCCCUUCUACUCCAUCCGGCUGUUGGCACGCCGCUUUGCGCUCACCCUCGGCUUUGACCGUGCCCGUGACGCAGCCCACCUGAUCCACAGGCGUGGGCUGGCGUUUGCCUUUUCCGAGUCCCCCGUGCCUGAAGAGGAGGAGGCCCGGCAGAGGUUCCCCAACCUCAGCUUCCUGCUGGUUCUGGCCGAGUUCUCCUGCAAGAUCCCCCCUGCAGAGCGACAAGCCGCACUCACCCACUUCCAGGACUCCAUCCCCGAGGGCCUGCCAGUGUUUGGGGAAGGGGACAUGAACCCCAUGCUUGUCUAUCGCAAGUCCCUGAUAAGGACAGACUACGUGGCCCAGGGGGAGGACGAGCCCGCCGCCAACCCGUUUGACGCCAUCUGCAAAGACAGCAAGCGGCCCCAAGAGUUGCCCGUGGGGACGUGCUCCACCUGGACACCAGACACCCUGGCCAGCUGCAGUGCGGGGGACAGAGAGCCGAGAAAUUCCUCCAAGGGCCAGAAGUCCAAGAGGGACGUCUUCGAUGUCGACUUCCUGUCAUCGGAGGACUCUGAGAACUCGUCCAACGAAGACGUGGACGUGGAGGGCAUCUCCGUCCACGAGGGCGCGUCGGACUGAAGAGCCCUGUGGGACUCCGUCAGCAGUUUCAAGUUCCUCCUCGGUCGUUGACUUCUGGUCCUGGGCUUGGGGAGCCCGUGACGUCCAGGUGUGGGGCUGACCCAGGCCCCCAGGGCUCCAGACAGCAGUGACCCCUGCCUCCCGCACCUGCUCACUCCGGCCGCGUGUGAGGAGGGUCACAUGACUGUACGCCCCCCCCCCCCGGGGUGCCCCCCCCCCCCCCAACCCACCAGGUGCCUACCUGCCUGCGGCUUCUCUGACAACCACUGUGCUUGGCUGGAAGGUCCCGGAAUCUGACUCCCCUGCUGUGGACCAUGGUGCCGGCCCCCUUGGCGGGCGUGCUCCUGCAUGGCGUGGGUCUGGCCGGGCCGACAGCUCUUCCUUCCCCGGCUCAGGACCCCGCGGCUGGGUAAUUCCCGGCGUCAGGUGCCGAGAGCCCGUGGCCGGUGGUCAGCUCCACUCCGGCGCUGCGGACAAACUGGCUGCGUCUGGGCGGGCUGGGGUGGGACGCGCGUUGGCCGCCGAUCCCCGACAUGCAGGGGGGCCCCGUACCUCCGAUCCCGUGUCGGUGCCAAACCAGAGCUCUCUGGGCCAUGGUGUGGAGGGGGACGCCCCGAGUGGACACGGAGAGAGGCCGGGCUGCGGGGAGGACUCCUGCCGGUCAUGCACAGGCAAGAACGGGCCCAGGAGCUCGGGCCUGGGGGACCCUGUAUAGACCUGUUCUGUGUAGAUCCCGGCCUGGGGAGCUCAGGCCUGUGCAGGCCUGGGCCUGGCGCGUUGCCGUCCAGGAGGGACACCCGUGCCUCUGGCUGUCCCCUCCCCGGGACCGGGGCAGCUGCUGUGGGGAAGCAGAGCCCUUGAUGGUGGCCUCGAGAACACGGGUUGCCCGUGGGCAGGGCUCUGCAGGAGGGCCACCCUGCCAGACGCUCCGGGCCCCACGGCCCGUGACCCUCGGCUGGACUUGCCGCGCCCCAGAGCCGUGCGCACGGCAUGGUCUCCCGUGGUGUUGCUGCCGUCUGUCCCCAGUAGUGUCCCUGCCUGGCAUCUGUGCCAUUUGUGAUCUCUGUGUGCGUGUCUGUGUCGUGGGCCGGGCGAGCCAAGCCCCUCACAGAAAAUCCUUAAAUUCUUUAUUCGAAAAUACAGACGUGAGCUCGUAAAACGUUUUUAAACUGCUACACACACCAAAUAAAAGUUAACUUUA